AUGGCGGGAAGUGAGAUGAGGAAGGCGGAGCUAUUGCAUAGUGGAGAGAAAUUGGAGGAGAUCAUGGAGGCGUUAGGAGCCAAGCCAGUGAAAAGUGUGAAUAUUGAAAAGGAACCCCACAAGUUCAACCAAGGAGAGUGCUACAUGAUUCAGCAGGCCAAUGGGAGAGAAGCAGUGGUUUACAAGAUGGCGAGAUCUCAUAUUGUUCUACAGACGGAAUUUGAGCUGAUUUGA